CUCCUAUUCCUUUGUUCGAGCCCUCUUCUAACUUCUCCACUGCAGCAUUCAUCCGUCUGCACAAUGUGGACCUCGCAAUUGUUUCGUUCAUGGCUGCAUUGAUCAUGACGUAGCAUUCAUAUGCCACAUCCGCAAGUCUUCUGCAGUCGUCCUUUCUGGUGUACCAAGCACCACCUUCUACUGUCUCCCCUUUCACCAUAUCCACCAUAUAUUUCGUCUUAUGAUCGUCCAAAGUCCAUUUUAGGGUGUCUUUCAUCUGGGCGGACACGGGUAGAACAUACUCAUCGAAUCGUGUGGGAUCCUCUAGUAUCUCCAACACUCGAUCAACCAAUGCCCUUUUUUCUCUGCCCUUUUUGCUGGCACGAUUCUCUCUUGACGUGCAAGCUGCCACCUCCAACCAUAGCUCCAAUCUUCUCUUCUCUAUCAACCAGUCCGCGAGGAGGGCAGCUUCCGUUCCGGCACUAUUUGCUGCAUUCUGCUCGAUUCCAAUUUCUCUUACCAAUUCUCCCACAGUCCAUCAGGCUGGCUUUCGCCUCUUCGUUUCUCCUUCGCUGUUGCCGUCUGCGGGUCUCUUCCGUACGACUGCGUAUUUCUUCAUCUUAGCUUAUUGCGAAUUCGAGGUUGAGGUCUAAGCCGCUGGCCUGGACUGCUGGGGUCGAUUUUGUAUCCGUCAGGUUCGUAUCGAUGGUCGGAGAAUUUAGACCUUUCUUUGAUCGAAUGGAUCAAGUAGAUUGCUACGGUCACGAGUGUGCUAUUUACAGUUAGUUUGACUCUCAAUCUGCUCUUUUUUUUUUCAAUAUGUUGCCCAGUCAUAUCUUCUCGAAGGGAUAGCCUUGGACUCUGGUUUUAGGAUCGAGUAUAG